AUGCCAGGCAAAAGUCCGGCUGCAGACAAGUCUGGCCUGCAACGACUAUGGAGCUCCAACUUCGAUGAGCAGCGGGGCCUACGUCAACCAUCAACAACUCAGGCUAAUACUGGGGGUGAAACAGGGACGCUACCAUCGGUGAUUCGCCAUCGUCGUACUGACCCACGAGCGGAUUUUCGUCUUAAUGUAUUCACGCAUUCGUUCUCGAGCGAUGCGGUAACCGAGUCGACAAAACUUUCCAGUCACAGCCGUCAUCGACGUGUCAAGAGUUAUGCUGGGUUAGCCGAUUCGCAGCUUCUCGACUCGGGGCCUAACUAUCGCCAACGCACGUAUACUCGAUCUCUAGAGUAUCUGGUGCAGCACUUAGCCCCUUCCACUGGCUUCGGAGGCACUUUACCGUCACCUCGGUAUACGUCACCGACUGCAAAGUCACCUCGGUAUACGUCACCGACAGCAAAGUCGAAGAACGCCACGCCUCGUGUCUGGUCUCCUCGACAUGGCAAUGUCAUACCAAGUGUUCCAGCUGUAGACUACCGCAUGAAAUACGAAUUCGCUUUGAUCUUACAUAACAAACCGACUACGCCGCGCAUUCUUGCUCGAAACGGACUGGACGCAGUGGGUAAGCGACAGAUGGAGGUGCUCGGUCGCUGCAUCAACGCAGGCUUCGAGGUCUUUGUUCUUUCAAGCACUUUGUAUUCUCGCAAGUAUCUAGUGCUGCUACUACGACCAUCUCGUUCAAGACUGCAAACGGAGAAAAGUCGCUUGGCGCUGGAACGAUGGCUGCAGAUCGGAGCUGUGGGUGAAGUCCCCUCCGAAAUCGAAGAACUCAUCGCGUCCAGCAACAUUGGGGACUUCACUCCUGCGGAACGGAUCCAGACCAUCGCUCGUAUCAUUACAUCCACAGCCAAUGUGGGUGAGCUGAAUCCUCCAGGUGCCAAUAUCUCGUUUGAAGAGCUCAAUCGCAAUGAUUCGAUCAUCAUGGCGUGUUUCCCGCUCCACAAUCGCUACGCCGAUAGCAAGCUCUUGGCCAAGUGCGGUCACUGGUGGUGGAAGUCCACCGAGAUCACGAACGAACUGCGUUACUACUACGGCGAGCGAGUGGCCUUCUACUUCAGCUUCUUGUUUGUCUACACCAAAUGCCUGUUGGUUCCUGCUCUUGUAGGAUGUACAGUGUACGUUUCCUGCAGAUGGGUAGGAGCAGGUGCGUAUAUGAGGGCGCUGUGCAUCUUCGGGUUUGGCACGGUGACAAUCUGGGGCACCGUGUUUCUAAAAGCGUGGGCGAGACAGAACAACUUGCUGAACGAUGCGUGGAAUUUGAGAUUAUUCAAGGAAGCCGACUACCCAAACGCUACUUUCAAGCCUCAAGGCUAUCGCGACGUAGUGGAUUCUCACGGAAUUGUGCUAUUCCGUGAGCCUUACUACAAUCCACUGUGUCGGAUUCCAGCAUAUCUGCAAACAUUCAUGGUAUUCGCACUGUUCAUCGCUACGUACGUCGUGGGGACUGCCUUCUUCGUUCAAUGGUAUACAGCUGCUAUGAUGGCUCCUGUGUGCAGUAAAUGCCCUGAAUGUGUUGCCUUCCUAUCGUGUUUCAACACUGAGAGACCCAUUCUGUUUACGGGGAGGUGGUUUUACAUUUUCGCACAAGGUAUUUUACUUGGAGUCUCGCUCGACAUCGUCGUUUACUUGCUGAGUGUGAAGCUGAUUCGAUUCUUCGUGACGCGAGAGAAUCACGUCAUGGACGCGCAUUUCCAGCGAACGAUGGUCAAUCGGCUGUUUGCUAUUAACUGGAUCUCCUUCUUCCUGUGGUUUAUGUUGAUCUCGUUCGUGAUCAUUCCUUUUGGCGACGAAGUGGAAACGUGGUUGUCAGCCAACCUCAAAUACACCAAACUGACGGUGGAGUGGCAAGGUGGCAUUAUCGACAUGUCGACGGCAUUUGUUACCCCACUACUCAUCACUCAAGCGCUGAAUCUCUUAAUUGACACGUCGUUGCCAAUUAUUUUCCGACGAGAGAAACUGAGAGCUUCCAAAUUGGCGAAAAAGAUCAUGAAAGCCAAUCCAGCGGAGACACUUCUUGCACUAUCAGAGUAUCACUCGUCGUUUGAGAAUAUCCCCAGCAAUCUAUCGCAGUCGCCUUCGUCGCGUUCGCUAGCUUUUAAAACAAAAAUUGAGCUUCAAAUGAUGACACCGAUUCGAAUCCCGUACCUUGAAGACGCACUGGGAGUAUCGAUCCCCACUCUGGAAGGCUUCGAAAACGAGAAGUACUUCAUGACAGCCGAUGAUGUGCUUGAAGAAAGCCAAUUGCCGCUGUAUAACGCAUUCCCCGACUACCUGCGCAUGGUCAUCCAAUACGGAUACGUCGUCAUGUUCUCGGCUGUUUGGCCAUUCUGCGCAAUGGCAGCAUUCGCAAAUAAUGUCAUUCACAUCCAAAACGCGUUCUACAAGCUCGUUUUACUGCGUCGACGACCAGUUCCAAGGAAGGCGAACAGUAUCGGACAGUGGGAAAAGAUGCUCUUUAUCACGUUGUUUUUGGCCAUCUUCGUGGUCGUGGGGCUGAUUUGCGUGAGCACCGGUGAGCUCGAGUACUUCAUGUCGGAAUGCAUCGCUCUAGAGCGAUUUAAUGGCAAUGACUUCAGUAUGGGUCCCGACUUUUCUUGUCUAAGCAUUUCUUCUCGCUUUAUCGUCGCGUUGAUAUUGGAGCACGCCGCCUUCCUUAUCGUUUACAUGCUUACGGACUACAUCUCCGAUACACCUGCCAGUGUGCGAACCUCAUUUGAGCGGAAGAAGGAGCUCAUUCGACGAGCAAUCUGCGGGCAAGGACCUCCAACGACACCGAAGGCAGAAGGCAAGGGUUUGCCAAUACACCACGGAAUUAAGUCGUUUGAAACAGCGUAA